UUUUUGCUCACGUUCACAAAAAAUCAAAAAGAGCAGUAGGUACAUACAUAUAAAUGGCAAUGACAACAUCAUCUAAGAUGUAUGCAGCUUCGGCAAUCUUCGUGAUGAUAAGUACGGUGAACUUGAUCGUUUGCGUAAAAAAGGACCCAAACUCUUUAGAGGACGUCAAUAUCAGCGAAACAAACCAACACGUCGUCGAACCUUUAUCGCAGAAGAUUUACUCGAAAGACGUAUGUGAACUCCUAUCAACAGACAUAUUCAAGCAAGCUGAUCCAUUCCAUUAUCUACUCCUGAAAGCGAGUAAACUACCACGCGAAAAAGAGAUAGAAAUAAGGUUAUCUUUGAAUUACUUAUUGACCAAGACCAACGCUAAUCAAUUUCCCCCUGCUUACGUGCCCUACGGUAAAAUUCUAUCAUCUGUAUUGAAUUGCUUCGGUCAUUUGUACAGCGUAAAAUAUUCUAUCCGUCUCAUAAACAAUCCCAGAAGAAAAUAUCCUCUUCCACCACCACCAAAAGUUUUCACACUUGAUCCGGAAGUAUCGCCCUUAUUUUCAUCGGAUAUUUUCACAGACCCCAAUCGUCCAUCAGUGCUCAUCGAAAAAUUACUACAAGUACCAGAAAGUAGCUAUUUGAGCACUGCGAAAAAACUGAUUAGUCCCAAAACUCAUUAUGAACCUAAAGAUGCAGUCUACAGUUUGUAUUCUGGUUCUUUGAGUCAAUUUCUGCAAAAUAAAAUUGCCUCGAAGGAAUUGAAAGAUUUACGACGAUAUGUCGGUGAAAUUCAAAAAUUGAAAACGUCUACCCCUGCGGAUGAUCAGAGUGAACAGAAGUAACUUAGCAAGUUUAAUACUUGACGAAUCACUGCAACACAAUCAGAUCGAUCCAUAUUUACAAAAUAAACCAAUUAUCUGAAUACAAAACGUUCAGAAAGCAAAACAAAAACCAAUAAACUAACGUACCUAUAAGGUAACAUUAUUAUUGCAAGGUUAAAAAAAUUUGUGCGAUUAAGUAAGUAGGUACCUAGGUACGUCUGUAUGUUGUAGGUACAUACUUUUAAAUGUCAUAUUAAAAUUAGGUAAUUAUGUUGAGAUUUUGAAUA